GCGCCCCAACUGCAUACGGGGCUUGGCUUGUCAGGGUGUAAGCUGAAUAAUCUCGAUAACCCAGGACAGCCAAAAUCAUAGAAAAGAACAACAAGAAAGUUAUCGGCUUCAUAAUUGUCCCGCUCUGGAAAUCAACCACCAGCCCCAACCGAUAAUUGCGCUUUCCGAGCAUUGUCAAACACCAUGAACACUUCCAAUCCUAUAGCCUCGCAGGUCACAGGGGUCAAUUUCAACUUCCUCUGCAAAAGGGACAUCACAAAACUCUCCGUCAAGCAGGUUGUCAACCCCGCGACCUUCGAAACCGUCAUCCCGGGAAAGGUUCCUGUGCCCGUGAUCGGUGGCCUGUACGAUCCAGCGCUCGGAGCAUCGGAUGCGCUGAGGCAGCGGUAUAUUCUCCUUCACUUCCUCUGUCUGGCUCUACCGAACUAGGUUGAACCGGGUCUUGCUAAUGCGCUUGGUAUCUUUAUAGGUGUUCGACAUGUCAUCUUGACUACAAGUACUGCCCCGGCCAUGUCGGGCACAUUUCAUUACCCGUCCCUGUUUACCAUCCUUUGUUUUUUGAUCAAAUGUUGAAGAUUUUGAGAUCUUCCUGUCUCUACUGCUUCCACUUUCGGAUGGCUAGGGCGGAGGUCCAUCGUUUCGAGUGCAAACUCAAGCUCGUUCAAUACGGGCUUUUGGUCGAGUCUGCGGAAUUAGACGAUAUCCAUCCUAAGGCAAGACGAGGGGAGGAGGGCGAGGAAGAUGAAAUCUCUGGAAGCACUGAUAUGGAAGCUUUUUACGCGAAACGUGAAAAGUUUGUGGGGAAGGCUAUCCGAAGACAUUUACGAUCCGGUGGCUUGGAUGAAGGGAAGGUUAUGUCGGUUGCGGAAGAGCGGAGGAAGACUGUCAAAGAGUUUCUCAGAAACAUUCAGGCGCCGAGGAAGUGUAAUAGAUGCCAAGCGUAAGUCCCCCAAUGGCAGCUCAGAUUUGGGGCUCUGUGCUAAUCUCUUGUAGAAUUUCUCCAGGAUUCCGGAAAGAUGGGUACUCCAAGAUCUUCGAACUGCCGCUUAGCCACAAAGCGCAAAAUCAGAAUGUUCAAUAUGGCUUCCGACGGCCGAAUGCUGCUACGAUGCAGAAGAAGCCUAACGGCGUGUUGGAAGCAAAAAAGCACGAUCCUAGUGCCAUGGAGCUCGAUGAGGAGAUCUCUAUGGCGGCCCGGGAGGAAGGGGGAGAGGAAAGCGAGGAAGAGGCUGCUAAGAUCCAGGAAGCGCAAGAGCGGAAGGGUGCUGCUGGCCGUCUUCUGCAUAGCAUGGAGGUUCUGAACAACCUUUCACGGCUUUUCGAGAAUGAGAAGAAAAUCCUCCAGCUGCUAUAUCAACCAAGAGAAGCUAUCUCGAAAACUCCGAAACCUCUAACUCCCGACAUGUUCUUCAUCCAUGCUAUUGCAGUUCCGCCAACUAAGUUCAGACCUCCUCAAGCUGUCGGGGGUGAGAUCUCCGAAUCAGUGACAAACAAGCAGCUAGUAAAGAUUCUACAGGGGUGCCUAGCGAUCCGCGAUUACAAUGAUAGAUUCAACGAUCCGGAGACGGGAGUUGAGAUGAAAACCACCAUCAUUAGCGGCCUGAUGCAAGCCUUCGUGACCCUCCAAGACGACGUGAACUCGUUCUUGGACUCAUCGAAAAGCCCACUGACUGGUACAGCUUUGAGAACCUUGGAGGAUGGUAUCAAACAAAAGCUUGAGAGGAAGGAGGGUCUUUUCCGAAUGAACAUGAUGGGGAAGCGUGUGAAUUUUGCCGCCCGAUCAGUGAUCUCUCCCGAUCCAAAUAUUGAGACAAAAGAGAUUGGAGUACCACCUGUAUUUGCGAGCAAACUGACAUACCCUGAACCAGUGACAGAAAUCAAUCAUCAGUGGUUGAUGCGACUGGUAGUGAACGGGCCGGAUAAGUGGCCGGGGGCAGUGGCGGUUGAGAUGGAAAAUGGCUCUGUUCAGAGGUUGCCCGGAGAUAAAGUUUCAAAUGCACGACAGAAGAGAAUCCACCUUUCUAAAACACUCCUGACUCCAGACGCGCUCUCCCUUAGUGAUUCGAAGUCCAAGAAAGUCCAUAGACAUUUGCUCGAUGGAGAUGUCGUGUUGAUGAACCGGCAACCCACGCUGCAUAAGCCCUCUAUCAUGGGACAUAUCGCGAAGGUUCUUCCCAGGGAACGUACGAUCCGUAUGCACUACGCCAACUGUAAUACCUAUAACGCAGAUUUUGAUGGUGAUGAGAUGAACAUGCAUCUUCCUCAGAAUGAGGUUGCUAGAGCUGAGGCAAGGGAAAUUGCUAACACGGAUUCGCAAUACCUUGUUCCAACCUCUGGCAAGCCACUCCGUGGUUUGAUUCAAGAUCACUUGGUAAUGGGUGUUUGGCUCACGAACCGGGAUACGAUGUUUACGAGGGACGAGUACCAACAAUUGCUCUACUCGUGUCUGCUGCCGGAGAGUAACACUUUGUUCAGGGGUAGGAGUAGCAGGAUUACCACGCUACCUCCGUCAAUAAUGAAACCGAAACGACUCUGGACCGGAAAGCAAGUCAUCACAACCGUUCUGGAGAAUAUAAAGCCGAAAUAUUUCCACGGAUUGACACUCUACUCAAAAUCGAAGACUCCUGGUGACAGUUGGUAUCCUGGAUGUGAGGAGGGGCAGGUCAUAUUUCAUGAUGGGUACUUUGUGUCGGGUAUUCUGGACAAGAACCAGCUAGGUCCCAGUGAGUUUGGGUUAAUACACUCCGUCUAUGAGAUAUACGGUUCAACAGUUGCUGGAAGUAUGUUGAGUAUUCUGGGGCGGUUGUUGACCAAAUUUUUACACAUGAGGGCGCAUACAUGUGGAAUGGACGACCUUUUGCUUACUCCCGAGGGGGAGGCUAAGCGUCGCGAUGUCCUCAAGGGAUCCAAGCGGGUCGGGAAAGACCUGAGCGCAGAAUACGUUGGAUUGGAAAAAGGCAAUGCCAGCUCAACUGAACUUGCUGCAAGAUUGGAAGAGGUCUUGAGAGAUGAGAAUAAGUCGCGGACACUGGAUCUAAAGGCCAACGCGCAAACUAAAAACUUUACGUCGCAGGUUAUUGGACAAUGUCUUCCAUCUGGCUUACGAAAGCAUUUUCCGAGAAACAACUUCCAAGCGAUGACGGUCUCUGGCGCAAAGGGCUCCGACGUUAAUGCGAGUCAGAUUUCUUGCCUACUCGGGCAGCAAGUCCUCGAGGGUCGGAGGGUUCCGGUGAUGGCAUCUGGAAAGACUUUGCCUUGCUUCAAGCCUUUUGAAACGGACGUUAGAGCCGGAGGAUAUGUUACCGAUCGCUUUUUGACUGGUGUUAGGCCUCAGGAGUAUUAUUUCCAUUGCAUGGCCGGAAGAGAGGGGUUGAUUGAUACCGCGGUCAAGACGAGUAGGUCUGGAUACCUGCAGAGAUGUUUAAUCAAAGGCAUGGAGGGGAUUCAGGUCUACUAUGACAAUACUGUGAGAGAUAGCGAUGGAUCGCUGGUUCAGGUUUGCUCCCCUACCCCUCCCAACGAAGUUAGCUGAUCGACUCACUUUCAUAGUUCCUCUAUGGCGAGGAUGGGUUGGACGUUUCAAAACAGAAGCAUUUGAAACAGUUCAAGUUCCUGGCUCAGAACAUCAAUUCGGUUGUACGGAAAUUGGCCGAUGAUCUUGUCAAUGAGGACUUGGGCCCAAGAAUUCAGAAGCUCAGCGAGCAGCUCAAUCUUGGUGUGGGCACUGAGCAUAUGAAGAAGGCGAUGAAGAAAUAUAAGAAAACCGGUGAUUUAGGAGCAUCAGAGGUUACAAUGUCACAGUACAGUCCAAGCCGGUACCUUGGGAGUGUCUCGGAAACCUUUGCGUUAGCGAGGGAGGAGGUUUGUCCCACAUCCCGUGCGGUAUUGAGAUGCAGAAUUGACAAUUACUAGUACCUAACGGAAAACCCCGAUGGAAUCAUUGUCAGUUCGAAGCGCAGCAAACACCUUGUGGGUAGUCAAAUGUCAAGGGGUCUCGACAAGAGCGAGUUCAGGCAUUUGAUGGCUCUCAAAUACCUGCGAUCAGUUAUUGACCCCGGAGAAGCCGUUGGUAUCAUUGCUGGACAAUCUAUUGGUGAACCAUCGACACAGAUGACGCUCAACACUUUCCAUUUGGCGGGUCACGCUACUAAGAACGUCACAUUGGGUAUUCCACGACUGAGAGAAAUCGUCAUGACAGCCAGCGCUACCAUCGCAACUCCUACCAUGACUUUGACUCUCCAACCAGAGAUCUCAGAUCGCGACGCGGAAGUAUUCGCCAAACGCUGCAGUAAACUGCUGCUAUCCGAGAUCAUCGAUAAUAUCUCAAUAACAGAAAACCUAACAAAAACCUCCAAGGAAUACCUUGUACGACUACAGUUGUUCCCAGCUUCAGAUUACGAGGAGGAAUACUCCAUCACUAAACGCCAUGUUCUCAACAUCCUCAAACAGUUCUUCAUUGGAAAACUCGAGCGCGCAAUAAACAAAGUAUUGAACCUCAAGAAAUCAAAGAGUAACGAGCGUAUCGGAAAAGACGACGCUAUGCCCAGCAUUGGCGAGAGCGCUGGCACAAUUGAGGAAGCACCAAGGAAUGCGCGGACUGCUUUGGUCGAUGCUGAGGACGGAGAUGCCAACAGCAACGACGAAGGCGACGACGACGCCACCGACGUCAGACAGCGAAGCAGGAAAGCCGAAGCUAUUAGCUAUGAUAACCCAGAUGACGACGAAGAGGAGAUCUCCCGUUGCGCGCAGGCGUCUGAUAGCGAGAGCGAGGAUGAAGACCAGACAGACGAAGGACUAGGCACAGACACGAGAAUGCAAGAGGAUCGCAACGCGGUAGACAAGCCUAGAGGAGGUAAGAAGGCUACUGUCUCCCACGACUGGAUCUCCGACAACAUCAAGAAGUUCGAAUUUGACAAGGAGGGUGGCCAAUGGUGUGAGGUGAGAUUGCAGUAUCCGGUUGAGGCGCCGAAGGUGCUUAUGUUACCAAUCGUCGAGAGAGUCUGCCGGGAAACAGUGAUUCACGAACUUGGUGGUAUCGGAUCGGUAGCAAGGGUUCCGGCGGCAGAUAUGACAAAGGAGGAGCAGGCUACCGGCAAGGCGAGUUAUCUUUGGAUCUCCCCAAGUGCUUUGCAAAAUUGAGUCUAACAGAUUUCUAGCGUAAAUUAGCGGUGGAGGGUGUCAGUUUCAGUGCUUUCUGGAACGAGCAGGAGUCGGUCGAUCCGAAUACCUUGGAAACUAACGACAUUGCAGCGUUCCUCCACGUUUAUGGUGUUGAAGCAGCUAGGGCUACCAUAAUUAAAGAGAUGAACGCCGUUUUCGCAGGGUAAUUUUCCCCUCCCCCGCUAGUCACCCCCUUUUUAACCCCCUAACACUCACUUCGUGUGAGCAGUCACGGUAUCUCCGUCGAUACUCGCCACCUAAACCUCAUCGCAGACAUCAUGACCCGCUGCGGUGGUUUCACGCCCUUCAACCGUCAAGGCUUAAAGACGAGUGUAUCCCCUUUCCUGAAGAUGAGCUUCGAGACAACAUGCAAUUUCCUCACUGAAGCCGCGGGCGAAGGCGAUUUCGAUUGUCUCACUAGUCCUAGCUCAAGAAUAGUGCUGGGGAAGCUAUCCGGCGUUGGGAGCGGGAGCUUUGAUGUUCUAGUUGGAGGUUUGCGGGGGUAGUUGGGGAUGGCUUGUGAUCUCGUGUUCCAUUUUAUAUUACGUGGUUUCACUAGUAAUUACGUACGUGCAUUGUGUACUAUAAACCAAGUUUUAUGAAAAAUGGUAGACGGGGGAUUGUCUAGUUAUGUCAUUCAGGCUCCAUCUCAUACUAUUCCAGAGGUUUAUUCUUUUUCUGUUGAUUCAGGGUUGUCUUAGUUUCUUGGGUCAAACUGUAUUGUCUUAGCAGCGAUUAACUAAUCAAUUUAUCGCCAUAG